AUGACCGGAGCUGCGAACAAGCGGGCGAACCGAGAGAGGUUUCACGCCAGCAGGGGUCAGGAUGGCGUCGUCAAGUUGCCACAAAAGCGCUUCUACCGCCAACGAGCUCACGCAAAUCCUUUCUCCGAUCACAGCUUGACCUACCCAGAAUCACCGGCGGCGAUGGACUGGUCGAAAUACUACCCGUCGUUUGUCGACGACGACGCUCCGGAGCAACAAGGCCAGCCGAGACGGAUGAAGAAGGACGUGGAAGUCGUCGACAUUGGGUGCGGAUUCGGUGGACUCCUCGUCGCGCUGGCACCGAUGAUGCCGGAGACGUUGAUGCUCGGUCUCGAGAUCCGGACAAGCGUCACCGAGUUUGUCCAGGACCGGAUAUGGGCUCUCCGGGAGCAAAAUUCCGCGUCCAAGCUCUACCAAAAUGCCGCCUGCCUGCGGGCGAACUCUAUGAAGUUCCUGCCAAACUUCUUCAACAAGGGACAACUCAGCAAGAUCUUCAUCUGCUUCCCGGACCCACACUUCAAGGUCCGCAAGCACAAGGCACGAAUCGUAUCGACGACGCUCAACUCCGAGUACGCGUACGCGUUGCGUCCCGGCGGCAUCAUGUACACAAUCACCGAUGUCGAGGCGCUGCACGAGUGGAUGGUGCACCACUUCAAAACGCACCCCUCAUUCGAGCGGGUCGCCGCCGAGGAAGAGCAAGAAGACGAGUGCGUCAAGGUGAUGAUGAUGGAGACGGAGGAAGGCAAGAAGGUGGAGAGAAACAAGGGACAAAAGUUUGUCGCUCUGUUCCGUCGCUUGGAAGACCCGCCGUGGUGA